AAAUCGCUCAUAGAUUGUAAAUUGACAUUCAUCGUGAAUACAUUUCCCUUGUCUUCUUGUCGCAGACGGAGUUAUUUUUUUUGAAGAAUUUCAAUUCGCGUUUGAGUGUUUCGACGAAAGUAAUACGGAAUCCAUAUUAAGAUGUCACCAGAUGCAGCAGUACCACCACCGGUGUCAUGGGCUCAACAAUCUGACCUUUUAUACGUAACGGUGAAUGUGGAAUGCAAAGACGUUGAUUACAAAUUCACAGAGAAUAGUAUGCACUUUAAGGGGGUAUCUGUACUAGAAAACAAACCUUACGAAGUAACCUUGAACUUUCUCCGCAAUAUUAAUCCAGAUAAAGUAACGCUUUUAAAUAGUAAACGAUCCCUUGAGUUUAAAAUCUACAAAGCUGAAACGGGACCCUUCUGGCCAACACUAACGAAUGACAAGAAGAAGCCACACUUCCUUAAGGUAGAUUUUAAUAAGUGGAAGGAUGACGAUUCCGAUCAAGAGCAAGAACCCGAAUCCAUGGAUUUAUUAAAUAAGUUAGUAGAUAUGGGUGUUGGUAAGGACGAGAAACCAUCGUUUGAUGACUUCGAUGACGAGGAGGAAGACUCGGACGACGAGAAUAUCCCGAAUUUAACGGACGGCUCAGGUGACAGUAAUAAAGAUAAUCCGGCGCCAGCUGAAACCGACACUACCACGGAGCAAAAGAACUAAACUAGUGAACAAUACAAAAAAAAUUAAUAAACCAUCAAUCAAAUCCUUACUAUUUAAAAAGGACACGUAAGAAAAUCAACGCAAAAUUACGAAAAUCUUUAAUCCAAAGCAUUCAUUCUACAUAUACACCACCUGAUCGGUUAAAUUUUAUGGAGUUGCAACGAAGAUAACAAUCUCAUAUCCUUUCUGAAUAGAUAUAUGUUUGCUCUAUGCCAAUUUUGUCAAUCUUUUCUGCGAUGAUUUAUAAUAUUGUUGUAAAUAUUGUACAACACCGGCAGAAUAGCAAGUCCGUAGAUUUGAUUUUUUAUACUUUUAAUUGAUUUUUUGUUCGGAAUAUAGCGGAUAUGGUUUAUGACUGCUCGACAUGGAAUGUGAAUAUAAUACAAUCAAAAAUUUAUAGCAAUGCUUGGAUCACACUGGAUAUGAUCUCAUGCGAAUAAAUUAUUUUUAAUUGUAACGGAAAAAUAAAACGUUUGGCAGUCAAGCAGAAGGGAAUUAUAUUAACUCAAACCUUACGAGACAUACAUACACGUAUAAGUUAAACCCAACAAAAUCGAACUGAUAAUGCUAUACCAUAAGAUUGGGAAAUACAGUUUGCUCGUUUUGUUGAAUCAAAAAGAAAGGA